AAAACCCUAAAAACUAGCAACCGUUCCAUGGAAGGAGCAGAGAUGGAGGAAGCUCGGGUCGAAGACCGUGAACACGACCACAACAAUACACAGGAAGAUGCUCAAAUUGAAGAAUCUGAACAAAAAAACAAAGACGCGGAGGUUGCACCCGCCCUUGUUUCCGUCCACCCGACCCAGAACUCAGUUGCAGUUGCUGUCGGGUCGGACCUUCGUGUCUUCAAUCUCUUAGACAAUUGUGCUGUGAAUUUGGUUGAUGAGUCGGGGGGGGCUUCUCAUAAUGAUUCAAUAAGAUGUAUUAAAUAUGGAACAAAUGGGAAACUAUUCGUAUCUGCUGGAGAUGAUAAACUUUUCAAGGUUUGGUCUACCGAUUGUUGGCGCUGUAUUUCCACUGUGGUUUCUGAGAAGAGACUGAGUGCAGUUGCAAUAAGCAAUGAUGGUCUUCAUGUUUGUUUUGCUGACAAAUUUGGAGUGGUUUGGGUGGUGGAUCUCGCGGGCUUCGAUGGAUCCGAAGCUUCUCUUGACAAGAAGGCGGCACCGUUGCUUUCUCAUUAUUGCAGUAUCAUUACUAGCCUGGAGUUUUCACUCGAUGGGCGUUUUAUAGUCAGUGCCGACAGAGAUUCCAAAAUUCGAGUUACAGUGUUUCCUUCGAAGCCAUUAGAUGGAGCCCAUGAGAUUCAAAGCUUUUGUCUUGGUCAUACGGAAUUUGUUUCCUGCCUUGCCUUCAUUAGCUCUCCGGAUUCUCCGCAGGGUAUUCUUGUGUCUGGAGGUGGUGAUUCAACUGUUCGCUUGUGGGAUAUUAUAUCCGGAUCCCUCCUUGAUACUUGUGAAGUUGGUGCAAAGGUGGGACAGGUUGAAUCUGAUGCUACUGAAGGAAACUGUUCAAUUAUUACCGGCAUAUGCACAAUUCUCGAUUGUACCCUAAUUGCAGUAGCCAUUCAAAGUCUACGAGGAAUAAUGCUAUUGGCGUGCAACCUUCCAUCUCGGACUCUUUCUGUUACAAAGUUGGUCUCGAUCAUCGGGGAGAAUUUUGUUCCUACAAGCCUUGGCAGUAGCAUAUCCGGAGGAUUGCUAUGGAUGGUAACAGGUGCCUCUAAGUUCCGAGGGCCCGACAUUUCGCCCUGUUCCAGAGUGAAAGGCAUCUCUGGUUUCAAUAAAAACAGUCCUGAUUCCUCGGAGCAGGAACCAGUCGUGUUGGCUGAUACUGAACUACCCGGUGGAGUCAAACUACUCGAGAAGUUGCAGGGAAGCAUGUUAAUCGAUGAAAAGGUGUUCUUGGUGGCGGCAGAUGCCGUGAAAACGGCCAUGUGCAAUUUGUUAAAUAAGAAGCAAUACUCUGAUGAGAAACGAGAGUUCAGAAAGCGAACAAGAAACGAUAAGAAAAAGAAGCAGUGACACGGAUGCAAUUAUUUGUUUUGUA